AUGUCUGCGCCGCUGACAGCCGAGCAGAAGCGGAUGAUUGAAGAAAAUAGACGGAAAGCUUUGGAAAGAAGAGCCCAGAGGCUCGGACAGAACGCGACCGUUCCACCGGACAGCAACGAUGGCGCUGCAUCAGCACCGAAGCGUUUUGUUCCGCCAUUCAAGAGAGAAGCACAAGUUAGCGAGAACCACAUGAAAGCCUCGUCGUUUGGAAAUGGAGUCUUUUCGUCAACGCUGACAUCAGACAGAGAUGCACCUCCCCCAGCCAAGCGCCAACAUGUCAAGCAGCCCCCGACGAACACUGACAGCGGCAUUAGUAGCGCGAGGCCUGCUCUGCUCGAUUGUAAGCAGCCCUUUCCCUGCGGUGCAGCACUGGGCUCCUUCUACAAACAACCAAACAAACCCACUUCAGAAUUGCCAACAUUAAAGGCUGUACCUGCUAAGAAGCCUGCUGUAUCCACCAGGGGCAAAUGCGUGCCGCACACUGACGGACGCUUCAGAGUGGAGGUGGGCUACAACGUGGAGCUCAUCGCAGUUUUUAAAUCCAUCCCAUCCAAGGCGUAUGACCCGACCAAUAAGAUGUGGAGCUUCAGCAUGGGGGACUACCACCUGCUAAUGACUCAAGUGGCGUCAAUCGCCUCAGUGUCUUUAAAGCCCCUGGAGGGGGCCGAAGGGUUGAACAUGGCGGAGUUGACCAACAAAGCUCAAGAUGGCUCAGCACUGAUCGCUCUGUUGAAAUUGUGCAACGGCUGGCAGAAACCGGGGGCUGCAAUCCAGGGCCGCUGCAUGCUGGUGUCAGCCUCCAGAUUUGAGGUUGAUAUUGGUUACCAUAUCGACGUAAUUGCAGCAUUCAAGCAAAUGCCGUCAAAAACCUAUGACAUGAAAACAAGGAAAUGGAACUUUUCACUGGAGGACUACAAGAGCCUGAUGGAGCUCCUCAGUGGGAUAGCAGCCGUGGAGGUGGAGCCUCUUCCGCGGGCUAUAGUCCAGGCCUUUUCUGCCAGCUUCGAGGGGCUUCCAGCCAAGAAGUUGGACGUCCCUGUGGCCGACCUGUCCUGUGUCGAUCCCAUGAUUACUAGCAGCCUUAUGCCCUUCCAGAUGGAAGGAGUCAAUUAUGCGGUGUCAAAACAAGGCCGCCUGCUCCUGGCAGAUGACAUGGGCUUGGGGAAGACUGUGCAGGCCAUCUGCAUCGCUGCCUACUACAGGAAGGAGUGGCCGGUACUGGUGGUGGCUCCUUCCUCCGUGCGCUUCACCUGGGCUGAGGCUUUCCGUCGCUGGCUCCCAUCGUUGAGUCCUGACAAUGUCAAUGUGGUGGUGAAGGCCAAAGACAACCUGCGGGCUGGGUUGGUCAACAUCAUCAGCUACGACCUACUUAGCAGGGUUGAAAAACAACUGCUAGCCAAUUCAUUUGACGUCCUUAUCAUGGAUGAAUCCCACUUUCUAAAGAAUAUAAGGACAGCUCGUUGGAAAGCCGCAUUGCCGCUACUGAAGACAGCAAAACGGGUCAUUCUCUUAUCAGGGACUCCUGCAAUGUCGAGACCAGCUGAGCUCUACACACAGAUUCUGGCUGUCAAACCCACACUCUUUCCACGCUUUCAUGAAUUUGGGCUGCGCUACUGCGAUGCCAAACAGACGACCUGGGGCUGGGACUACUCGGGAUCCUCCCAUCUAGGCGAGUUAAAGCUGCUCCUCUCCGAGUGCCUUAUGCUGCGGCGCCUCAAAUCCGACGUCCUCUCCCAGCUUCCUUCCAAACAACGCAAGGUUGUCACGGUGACCAUCGACGGGGUCAGCAACCGGACCAAAACGGCUCUGUCGGCUGCCGCCGAGCAGUUAGCAAAGGGACAUCGUAAUAAAAAGGAUGAAAAAGAUGCACUCCUUAUUUAUUACAACCACACAGCUGAAGCCAAGCUACAAGCCAUUAUGGAGUACAUUAACGACAUGCUGGAAUGUGGCAGGGAGAAGUUCCUGGUGUUCGCCCAUCACAAGUUAGUCCUGGAUCACAUCACUAGUGAACUCGUUAAAAAGGACGUCUCGUUCAUUCGCAUCGAUGGUUCCACGCCGUCAGGUGAGCGCCAGAUUUUAUGUGACAAAUUUCAGUUAUCUGGGAAGGCGUGCGUGGCCGUCCUGUCCAUCACCGCCGCCAACAUGGGCAUGACGCUACACGCUGCUGAUCUGGUCGUCUUUGCCGAACUGUUCUGGAACCCCGGAGUUCUUAUCCAGGCUGAAGACAGAGUUCAUCGCAUCGGUCAAACCAACAAUGUGAACAUUCACUACUUAGUCGCGCAGGGAACAGCUGAUGAUCACUUGUGGCCGAUGAUUCAGGGAAAAAUGCAAGUAUUGGAGCAGGUCGGCCUGUCCGAGUCAAACCUCUCAGCCCACGCGGUGACAGCUCAAUUCCACUCAAAGGAUCCCAGUCAGAAGAGCAUUACGGAGAUGUUCAAUAGGUCUUUCAAUGAGGAGGAUAACGUCGACCCAGGAGAUCAGUAA